ACAUUUGGACUGAGUCAGGCUCCCUGGAUUCUUCUCUUAUCUCUUUUUUUGCCCUGUCUGUUUUUGUUGGAGAGCAAUUGAUUGAAACUGACAUUAAUCUUUUGAGAGUCACACUAAAGUCGGACCUUAACAUCUGCCUAAAAGAUGAAAGGCUGGAGGCUUUUUUCUCUUCGCGAGUGCUUUGACUGCCAAGUUUGAAAAGUACUGUGGGAAUCUAAGUGGAUUUUUUUUUUUCACUUUUCAUAUUCUGUUGUGGUUAUCUGUUAUCUCAGUCUCUGUUUUGCUGAUAAGGUUUUGUUUCCAAUCAAACAAAAAAGAGGAGGGAGACUGUUUCUCAAGUUUCUCAGCCUCAAACCGGAGUAGCAUUUGCAUUCCAGUUUGGCUACACAAGUGGACAAAUCCGCCCUUGUGUGUCUGAUAGAGUGUGUGUUUGAGUAGUUCAGAGUCCCUCGGUACAAGGGGACAAUAACCGACCCUGUCUGUCUCUUCGGGGAAAAAUGGGAUCAGAAAAGGACUCAGAGUCGCCUCACUCCUCAGUUAGUGGCGUUCCCAACCCUAAGUGCCGUGCGCCAGGCAAGCGCCAGGGCCGCAUCUCCUUCCACAGCCUCUUCCACGGUAAACGGAGCUCUCGGGGAACCAGGGCCCCCAAAGGAGGAGCGGCCACCCCUUUAUCUCAUCAUCACCACACGCAACAACAGCUGCAUCCUUCCGCCUUGAGUUCUGCAGCUGCUGCAGCUGCUGCUAACCCCACCACAACCACCACGGCCACAACCGCCACGACCCCCCAGGAUGCAGCCUCCGGCACCCCCUCAAAGCCACUCUCCUCCAGCCAGCCGUCUCUGGGUGGAGGCGCUUCCUCCGGGGAGACCAAUCUCCUGGAGUGUCCCCUGUGCCUGGUGCGUCAGCCCGCUGACCAGCUCCCCGAGCUGCUGGGCUGCAGCCACCGAUCCUGCCUCUGCUGCCUGCGCCAGUACCUCCGCAUUGAAAUCACAGAGAGCCGAGUCCAGCUCAGCUGCCCCGAGUGUGCCGAGAGGCUGGCCCCGCGGCAGGUGGCCGACAUCUUGGAUGAUGCGGCCCUGAUGGAGAAGUAUGAGGAAUUCCUACUGAGGAGGUGCCUCGCUUCUGAUCCGGAUUGCCGAUGGUGCCCGGCGCCCGACUGCGGGUUCGCCGUCAUCGCCUCGGGCUGUGCCAGCUGUCCCCGGCUGGUUUGUCGCAGAGAAGGCUGCGGCGCGGAGUUUUGCUACCACUGCAAACAGGCCUGGCACCCCAACCAGACCUGCGACUCGGCCCGCCAGCAGAGGGCGCAAUCUCUGCACACCCACAGCAACCACUCGCCCAGCUACACGCAGGAGCAAGGACCCGCUGAUGACAUCAAGCCAUGCCCCCGCUGUGGCGCCUACAUCAUCAAGAUGAACGACGGGAGCUGCAAUCACAUGACCUGUGCCGUCUGCGGCUGCGAGUUCUGCUGGCUCUGCAUGAAGGAGAUCUCCGAUCUGCACUACCUCAGUCCAUCUGGCUGCACCUUCUGGGGCAAGAAGCCGUGGAGCAGGAAGAAGAAGAUUUUGUGGCAGUUGGGAACUCUGAUCGGCGCUCCGGUUGGCAUCACUCUCAUCGCAGGCAUCGCUGUUCCCGCCAUGGUCAUCGGCAUCCCAGUUUACGUCGGCCGUAAGAUCCACGCCCACUACGAGCUGAAGAAGACGUCUCGUCACCGAAGGAAUCUGGCCAUCACGGGGGGCGUGGCCCUGUCAAUCAUCACCGCUCCUGUCAUCGCAGCCGUCAGCGUGGGCAUCGGUGUGCCCAUCAUGUUGGCCUACGUGUACGGAGUCGUGCCCAUCUCUCUGUGCAGAGGAGGUGGUUGUGGUGUGAGCAGAGGAAAAGGGCGUGGUGUGCGGAUCGACUUUGAUGAGGACGACGGGCCAAUCACAGUGGCGGACGCCUGGCGAGCCCUCAAGUCUCCGAGCCUCGGUGAGAGCAGUCUGGAAGGGGCGGUCAGCGGUCUUAGCACCACCUCUCCCAGCGAGGGGCUCUCUGUAGCCCCAGGGACUCUGGGCGACACGCCACACUUUAACACCCUGGCCAGUGGCGCUCUGGGGACUCGCACAAGCAAGUACAGCAGGCUGGAGGUUCAAGCAGGGGAACUUGCCAAAGAAUCAGCCCAGAGAGAGACGGGCAGCCUGGGAGCCGGGAGCGACUGUGCCAGCACCCGAGGAAUGGCCGGAUCCAUCAUCUCCUCCUACACUCUACCUGACAGGGAGUGCACCAACCUGGAGAUCCAGGUGGACAUUGAGACCAAACCCAGCCAUCUCUGCCUGACCAGCGAAGAGGACUUAACCCCGCAUCCGGGCUGUGCUGCCAUGGCGACCGCCUCAGGAGGGGAGGAGCCUCAGGACUGCAGCUCCAGAAGGGGCGGGGCGUUGUCUGGCUCGGCACUGGGGCUGUCACCAGGAACAUCAAUCAGGGAGGGGCUCAGAGACGUCACCCUGGCUCAGCCGGAGAGCAUCCGCAGCGACCUGGAGAUGUCAGACACUCAGUCAGACGACAUCGCAGAGCUGACGUCGGACGACUGCGACUCUCCUCACCCGAAAAGCUGUCACCCGGCGGCCGGCCAGCAGCCCCAGCCCCCCUCGUGCCGAGCUGUGAACCCCUCCACCGAAGGCCUUCACUGUCCUGCAGACAGCAACGUCAUCCUCUACGUCUGAGAGAAAAGCAGCUCUCAGGAUUGCACAGAAACAACCCCGAACAUUUACAUUUAAACUUGUCACAGCUUUUUUUUUUCCUCGUGUCAUCUCUCGUUUGCUGCUUUUGCGACUCACAGACACCGUCUUAAACACAGACAGCAUCUGUUUACGUUGGUCUGUCUUCUCUUUCUACCUGCCAAUCUACUCUCUGAGCAAAUUGUCAGGGUUCUACCUCUGAGAUUUAUAAGAUGAUGAUUUAUGUUUACUCCUUGGUGCAAAAUGCCUUGGCUACUUAAGCAAAAAAAAGAAAAAAAAAAGAGAGAGAGAGCAAGAAAAAAAAAAACACAAGAGGUACAAAUUUUCCACGAGAACUGAAAUUAUGAAAUACGGUGAAACGUCACCAAGCACAGCAGAGAGAUGGUGAUUGCUGGGAAAGCAGAGGAUGCUUGCCGAGGAUGAGGAGGGUGUUUUUAAAAACGUGUGAAUGAAUGUGGACUUUGUACUCAGUUAUUGUGGCUUUAUUUUGACAUUUUUCCUCUAUUUAUAUUCGGACGACCUUGAAAUUGUAUUAUUUGCAGUGUGCAUGAGUCUGCAUGAGCCAUUCCUUGUGUGGACGGUCGUAAAAGGGCAGCAAGUUUCUGUAACACUUGUGAAAGUUAAAGUUUACUUUGGAGGAUGAAGCUGCACUUGAAUCUCGCUUUCACUGCACAGAGGAGGAGGAGGAGGGGAAUGGACAUAGAGAUUUUUAAAAAAGGGUCACUGUUACAGAAGUAAACGACAGAGUUCUGACAAUGACAUGACAGAUCCUGGAAGGACUGUGAAAAGCACGGGGAGAAAAAAAGACAACCCAGAGUGAAGGUUUGUCUGCUUUCCACACAUCAGCACUAAAGCAUUGAGCAUUUCAUGAAUAAAGCUCUGUGAAGCUUUUUUUUAUAGGCAGGAAUGUAUCGGGAAAAUGGAAAAACCAAAAAGUCCUGCUGGUUUCAUUUUUUUUCAGUUACAUUUAUUUAUAAGCUACAUUAAUGCAGAAAGCGAUACAGUUGCCUCCAGGCUGCCUAUUCAAAGAUAAGUUGUCUCUAAGGUUACACAUGCUAAUGCAGCGACGCAAAUCCAGCUAACAGUCUGCUAGCAGCUAGCUAACAGCAGAACGCUACAGUGUCAAAGCUAGCACAAAAUAAUAUUAACUUUUUUUUUACCUAAAAAUGAUUAAAUAACUUUAUUAAUCGGUAAGACUUCACCUUCACUUCAGACACUUGAAAAGGCGUUCUCCUGUCGUUGUCAGAACUCUGUCGGGUCUGAGGUAUGUCACAUGACCAAGUUAGUGUUUUACAAUUGGCUGUCUGCCUGCCUUAUCGACACUCGCUGACCAACACAACAGCACACACCCGCUUGGGAGGUUUUGGUUUCUGACGUGUUAACUGGCUGUCUGGCCCACUUGAACGUUGUGUGUUGUGCGUCUGUGUGAAUGAACUCCCGAUGAAUGUAUAUGUGCGUCCCACUUUUAUUUUUAUUUUAUUUCUUUGAACGAGCACUUGUGCACUUUAUCUGAAUUAUUGUAUUUAUCUUCUUUUUUUGCUAUUCAUGAUCUGUUGCGAUAAAGUGAGUUUACUUCAGUCUGUGGUACAACCAAAAUAAAUCACCUGCCAGAGGGCCUUUUAUGUUGGAUGUAACUAAAGAAGAGUUUGGCUCCAAAACUUAAAAAAAUCUAUUCAUUGUCAUAUUUGUCAUUCAGUAUUUUUUAACUUCAAUGACAUUUAAGGUGUUUUUAAUCAAUUUUGUGAUGAAAAUACUGUAAUUUUUUAGUUUCUUUUUUUUAAUAUUCUGUAAUUUAUGUUGUUCUAAUCAUUCAUACAAGUCAUUGUGACUUCUGGAGCCAAACACUUUAAAUACUGAUGCCGAUAAGCUUUUCUUAAUCAUAGCUUGACUUGUUUCUUAGCUUUGUAUCACCUCUGUGCUUCUGUUUUCUUAAAAAAGAAAAAAAAGAAAAAAAAAAGGUUUCCCCACCAGGUUUUUCCUUGAACCUGUGAGGAAUCAACCCGGGAGCCUUUUCAUCUCAGAGUAGCUUUAUGGAUUUAGCUGCUUAUGUGAUUUGGCAGUGCUUUGUUUGGUCUACACUUAUCACUAGUUUCUGCCUGCCUGCCUGUAAGAAACCACAUGAAUGUACCACGGAUGGAAACCCCAACUUCCUGAAAGAGUCUGAAUGAGUGUUAAAGGAUGGAUAUAGGUGGUCCUGAUCUUAUUUGAAAAGGUUAGCAUUUAUAGAUAGCAAUAUUUAAGUGUUAUUAUACUGUUUGUGUAUUUCCUGUCACUGUUAAAAGCCCCGAAAUUGUGUGGGGAUCGACACGCAGGACUGUGAAAGACAACUUGUGGACCUUUGGGGACAAAAUAAAUAAACACAAACUGAUGUUGCACCAA